CACAUCGCUGUGCCCUGAGCAGGUCCCCUUGACGGUCUCCUUCACACAGCGGGCUCGCAGGCGGACGCAGCGGCAGCAGCAGCAGCAGCAGCUUUUCCUCGGGGCUGGCCGGGACGCCACAGGGACGCUUUGCAAUGAUCUCGCUGGACUUGAAUUUCCACAUUCUGACCCGGGACCUGUCGCAUUACCUGGAGAACCAAGUCAAAGUUGGGCUGUUCGGAUCCGGCGUCGGGCUGUCUCUGGUGCUGGGCUUCAGCGCGGCGUACACCUGCUACUACCUGCUCUCUGUAGCCAAGAAGCCACAGCUGAUCUCCGGGGGGAAGAAGUUCUACCAGUUUCUGAGGGAACAAUGUCCGGUGGUGUCGGAGACCUACUACCCCACCUUCUGGUGCUGGGAGAGCCGCAUCCAGACCCUGCUGAGGCCCUUCGUCACCGCCAAGCCUGGAGUCGUCUACAGAAACGAGCUCAUUAAAGCGCUGGACGGAGGGCAGAUCUCCCUGGACUGGUUCGAUAACGAUGACAGCGUCCCGCACCCGGACCCCGCCACCAGGCCCACCAUCCUGCUGCUGCCCGGCCUGACCGGCACCAGCCGGGAGUCCUACAUCCUGCACAUGGUCCAGCAGAGCCGCGACCUGGGCUACAGAUGCGUGGUUUUCAACAACAGAGGCGUUUCUGGAGAAACACUACUGACGCCGAGGACCUACUGCGCAGCCAACACGGAGGACCUGGAGACCGUCAUCGAGCACAUCCAGAGGAUCCACGCUGCCGCUCCCAUCAUGGCCGCCGGGGUCUCCAUGGGCGGGAUGAUGCUGGCUAACUACCUGGGCCGGAAGGGCCGGAAGACCUGCCUGAGGGGGGUGGUGGUCUUCUCGGCCGGCUGGGACGUGUUCGAGUGCACGGCCUCCCUGGAGAAGCCUCUGGACCGAUUCCUCUUCAACUCCUACCUCACCAGCUGCCUCCAAGCCUCUGUGCACAGACACAGGCCGGUGCUGGAAAAGUGUUACGACAUCGAUCAUGUCAUGAAGGCCAAGACCAUCCGCCAGUUCGACGAGAGGUUCACCUCCAUCAUGUUCGGCUACCCCACCAACGACGACUACUACCGCGACGCCAGCCCCAUCCACCGGCUCAAGUCCGUGCAGGUGCCGAUGCUGUGCCUGAACGCCGCGGACGACGUCUUCUCGCCGUCUCACGCCAUUCCUGUGGAGGCGGUGAAGCAGAAUCCCAACCUGGCGCUGCUCAUCACCUGCCACGGCGGCCACAUCGGCUUCCUGGAGGGCCUGUGGCCGCGGCAGAGCACCUACAUGGACCGGGUCUUCAAGCAGUUCGCCCAGGCCGUCAUCGAACAGGGCAGCCGGCUGCAGGACCUCUCCUGAGGAGAGAGCGCAGCCUUCCUCUAGAGUUUUCUCUUUGUCAUCUUUCUCCCUUUGCCACAUUCCGUCCAUCUUUGUUUUUUUUGUCUUGUUUUUCCCCUCAUUGUUCUCUCUUUGGACCACUUAUUGCACUAAAUCCGUCCUGUUUCCCUUCCUCUCCAUUCCACCCUCCACUCCUCCUCCUUCCGUCUCUCUCAUUGAACACAGCGGCUGUGCUGCGUUCGACGCUCAUCCAGUCAUUCCACGUGGUUGAGGAGUCGGCGUUCGUGCUCUCGGCUGCAGACUUACCGCUGAAGCUCUGCAUCCAAACGGUUUCGUUAGAUUAGCUAGCUGAAGAGCUCCGUGAUUACCCCGGGCAAUCAUUUACUUUUAAGGUCAAUGCAAGUCCUGCACAUGCAAAUCCGUCUCGUUCAUCGGUAGGAGUUUAGCCCUCAGGGAUUUCCGUUACUCUGCAUCUCAUCACAACGUAUUUUCUUCAGUAUUAUUGCUCUUUAUUUGCAAAUCUUUGCUUAUUUCCCCCCCUAAAGUUGAGAAGAAGGUGCAGUUAAAGGUUCAGUACGUAACGCUGUUUAAGACUGAGUAACUAAUGUUAAAGGUGUUGUGAGUUGGAUUUCAGUAAUGCUGCUGUCAUGCACUGGGGGGCGCUGUUCGCCUGUUUGUCUCCUGAGUGACAAGAAAGACAUUCACAACACCGUCCUGUUGUGAAAAGGGUGGAAUGGGCUACACUUUUGAAUAACUUGUGAUGAUUAUUUUAAAGGAUUUCUCUUUGAAAUAUCUCCUGAUGAUUUCCUGAAAUAAGCCAUAAAAAGGAAAAUACAUACAGAAUGUUUGUUCGUACAGUUCGGUCAAAGGGAAAAACUCCUGUGGUUGUUUGAAGUCGUGUAUUUUUUACGAUCACCUGAGCAUCCUCAGUCCAGCUAACACCUGAUUAGACUGUUCAGUUUGUGACUUUUUGAUGAAAACGUUCUGAAAUAUAGCAUCGUUUGAGGAAACAACAGCCUUGAAGUAAUCCCACCAGUUUGUCUGUUGCAUAGCUCGAUAUUGACUUAUGUUUGAAAGCGAAACUCAACACCACCUGCUAAGUCCUUAAAAGUCCUUUAGCUACAUAAAAACUUGCACUUUAUUUAGUUUUUUUGGCUGGUCAAGCUACUUAUAUAGUAAAAUAUCCGAGGACGAACCAUCUGGGACCACUAGAUGUCGCAGUUUGACAUCCGAGUGCUGCUACAGGACCGCCGAUAAAAUCCCCAUUAGCUCAUACUUAUAAAGUUACUAAACUUACUCAUGCAUAUGUGCUGCUGUUAGAAAGUGGUAUUAACAUGACUCGUGACACCAUCUGGUGGCGAAAAGCAGUAUUACAGGAAUGGAGAAGCUAGCAGGAUGUGCAGAGAAGAUGACCGUUGUUUUGUCACUUUUUCUUCAUGACAAACCGCCGAGUGGACAGUCGUGGCAUUACUUAAAUCUGAAGUACUGUGCAUUUUAACCUUCUGUUUCAAACUAUUCCUGUGUCCAUGUCUGCAUGUUCUUUGAUUUAAACCCAAACUCGUCCCAAACAGUUCGACAAAUGUAAAAUACAGUGCAGAAAUCAAUGACAGAGAAUGUAAAAUGGCACUAUUUGAGUUGAUAUGAACACGCCUCUCAUUCCUGAACGAUAUGAAAGUUAUAUUCUAAGGGCUGAACAGAGCAGGCCGAAACCCGUGGCGUUCCUCACGGCCAUUUCUCUGAGAAAAGUCGCAGGGUGCUCGACGCGUAAUGAGGCCGGUCGGCGUUGCUUUUCCGAGACGUGUCGCUAAACUCAAACCCGGCGUCCAGUCGUUUCUGUCUUCUUUCGCCAACGAUGACCAAGAGGGCUGGCUACCACGAAUGAGUUGGCACCAGUGAAAGGAGCAGGUCUGAUCUCACCGCCGUCCCUGUGUCGUUUUUUUUUUUUUAUUUUAUUUUAUUCUUUUCGUGUUUGCUCAUCCUCGCCAAGCAACCGUUAUGUGUCUCAUCGGAAUCCUUCCAUCCUAGAUCUUUAACAUCACUUUGCAAUCUGUAGCACAAAGAACCUUUUUGUUUUAUUUUAUUUUAUUUUAUUUCACGGAUGCUGCAACUCAUUUUGUACAUCACAUGGCCAGAAGAAGAAGAAGAAAAAAGAAUUCUGUUCUAACAUGUGCAGCAAUAAGAUUUUAAAUUU